AUGCAAGACAGGCAAGAGGAUGAUGAGAUUGAGCUCGUGUCAAACAGCAACUCAUUAUUACAACUGCAACCAUCUUCCCUAGUAGAAGAUGAUGAAGAUUUUGAGACAAAGGAAGAAACUUCCCGUUUGUUUUCCAACAGCACUACUAUUGGUGCCAAUGAUGUCUUGAAGAGGAUAUCCAAUGGCAACAUGAACAAGCAGCAAGGCUGGCAUGAUGACCUGUUCCCGCCUCAUCAUUUGUGUACUCCCGUGGUCUCUUGCAUUUUGUUGAUGGAAACGGCGGAACGAUUUGCCUAUUUUGGAUUCCGGGCCGUGCUGGUCCUCUACUUUACCGAAUGUCUCUAUUUGGACGAAUCCACGGCCAUUUCCUACUUUUCCUACACGGCGUGUGUCGCCUACUUUUCACCACUGCUGGGCGCCCUGUUGGCGGAACGGUGGGGACGAUUUGCCGUCAUUUUGCGCUUUGGUAUCCUGUAUGGUGUGGGACUUUUCAUUCUCACCGUGGCGGCGUGGUUGGGACAACAACAAGACGACCCCUAUCGAUCGCAUGGAGUUGAAGAGAGUUUGCGAGAUAUGUUUUGGAAACGAAUACUUACCGUCGUGGGACUUGUCAUGGUCGCUACCGGGACGGGGGGCUUGAAACCGUGUGUCAACAUUUUUGGUGCCGAUCAAGUUGCAUCCUUGCGUACCAGUGAUACGGAUGAUACUCCACAGCAAGGCACAACAACUCACAGGAUCAUGGAGGGCAAUCAAACAGAACCACAACCACAAGAUGAUGACCACGCGGUCCGAGAAUUCUACAACUUUUUCUACUUUUGCAUCAACGUAGGAGCGACCACUUCGUACCUCACCAUUCCAAUCGUCAAACAUUACUUUGGCUUUGGUGCGGCAUUCCUACUGCCUACCUUGUUUAUGGUCUUUGCCAUUUCACUAUUCUAUUCCAAACGAAAGGAAUACGUAUAUCGAGAUGAAGAUUCGCAGAAGCAUCAUUCGUUGGCCACCACGUUUUCAAUCUUGUUGCAACUAUUGCGCCAAAGAAUGAGUGUGUGGCUAGAGACUUUGGUGACAACAACCGUCAGAACAACAACAGCGACUUCUUCUUGGAGGAUCGAUGCACGAGGACCACGUCACGAAUUGCUCCGACAACAGGACGACGACGAGGAGGAUGACUAUGCACAAACACGACAAUCCGAUCCAACGGAAACAGCAGCGGCAGAAACGUCACCCAAUGACGAUAGCAGCAGUGCAAGCCGAGACGUCUUUCAGGACGAGGAACCCGACAAUGCUUCGUCCCAGAAGAAUCCCUCCUCCUCUACUGCUUCGAACAAACAUCAAUCUUCUUCGUGGGCACGGCACGAAAUGGCACUGGAAGAUGCUCAUCAAGCGCUACAAAUCCUGCCCAUUAUGGCCAUGUUACCCAUGUUUUGGAUGCUCUACGAUCAACAAGGAUCGGUAUGGACACUGCAAGCCAGUCGCAUGGCUUUGCAUGGACUCGAACCGGAACAACUACAAAUGUUGAAUCCGAUCGAAAUCAUGAUCUUUAUACCACUCUUUGAUCGCAUCAUUUAUCCCUUUUUGGAAGAUCGGCUUCACUGGAAUAUAUCUCCCCUGAUACGAAUGGGAUGGGGUAUGGUGUUGGCAGCCGUGUCGUUCCUCGUCAGUGGUCUGCUGGAGCACGUCAUUGAAUUCAGCAGCAGCGGCAGCCAAUCCGUUCACGUUCUGUGGCAGGUACCACAAAUCACCAUCAUGGCCGUGGGGGAAAUCUUCUUGUCGGUGACUGGGUUGGAGUACGCCUACUCCAGGUCACCCGACAGACUCAAAGGUUUUAUAAUGGCAACCUACUUGCUAACGACUGCAGUAGGGGACUUGUUGGGGGGCAUCUUAUAUUCCAGCGUUUUCAAGGACAUGAACCGGGCCGUGGUCAUGUACGUGUGCGCUGUCUUGAUGCUGCUGAAUCGGUUUGCAUUUGGACGGGUGGUAAAGGCAACAACAUCAACAUCAACACAACAGCAACAACAACUGGACGAGACCACUACAAAUACUGCCGAACCCGACAAUACUCCCGCAAUGAUAUCUAGGCAUUCGUCGGAAGGGUCCAUGGUCAUGGUUGAGGGAGAAAAAGUCAGUAACGCUGGCAAUGGCGAAAGGUCUCUCAACGACAAUGACGAUAAUGCGUCACCUCUCGAAGAUGUUGUCGUGGAAGAAUAUUGGAUGAGUUUGGAACUGCCCAAGAUGCAAAUAGUCUGA